CCCGGACGACGACUAGAAGAAGGAGGCGGGCGGCCCGGGCCCUAGGCCCCUCCCAGGCUCUGAGUCUCCCGGGCUGCAGGCGGAUGGAUGGGGCUUCUUCAGGCGGUGGCGGCAGCAGCGGAGGUGGCGGCGGCAGCAGCGGCAGCGGCUAUGGUGUGGUGGCUCGAUUCUCCCAGUGCCUGGCUGAGUUUCGGACGUGGUUAAGAACCAACUGGUUGAGGUUCAAUGCAGACAAGACGGAUGUGAUGCUGAAAAUGUGCAUCAGAUGUUUAUGUUUAAUUGGUUUACAGACUGUCUGUGGACUCUUUUGCUGUCAUAUUACCAGCCAACUGUUGAGUCUUCAAGUCCAGAAAUGGAUGAAAUAUUUGACUGCCCAUGAAAGUACAGGAGGUUCAGCAACAUCAGAUGACCAUGAAUUUGAUCCAUCAGCUGACAUGCUGGUUCAUGAUUUUGAUGAUGAACGCACAUUAGAAGAGGAAGAAAUGAUGGAAGGAGAAACAAACUUCAGUUCUGAAAUAGAGGAUCUUGCAAGGGAAGGCGACAUGCCAAUUCAUGAACUUCUCAGCCUUUAUGGUUAUGAUAGUACUAUUCGACUACCUGAAGAAGAUGAGGAGGAGGAGGAAGAAGAAGAAGGUGAAGAUGAUGAAGAUGCUGAUAAUGAUGAUAAUAGUGGCUGUAGUGGGGAAAAUAAAGAAGAGAAUAUAAAAGAUUCCUCAGGUCAAGAGGAUGAAACUCAGUCUUCCAAUGAUGAUCCAUCACAAUCUGUUGCUUCUCAAGAUGCCCAGGAAAUAAUCCGUCCACGUCGAUGUAAAUAUUUUGAUACAAAUAGUGAAAUAGAAGAAGAAUCUGAAGAAGAUGAAGAUUAUAUACCAUCAGAAGACUGGAAAAAGGAGAUUAUGGUGGGCUCCAUGUUUCAAGCAGAGAUUCCAGUUGGCAUUUGUAGAUACAAAGAAAAUGAAAAAGUAUAUGAAAAUGAUGAUCAGCUCCUGUGGGACCCUGAGUACUUACCGGAAGACAAAGUGAUUAUAUUUCUUAAGGAUGCAUCUAGAAGAACAGGUGAUGAGAAAGGUGUAGAAGCAAUUCCUGAAGGAUCUCACAUAAAAGACAAUGAACAGGCAUUAUAUGAAUUAGUUAAAUGCAAUUUUGAUACAGAAGAAGCAUUAAGAAGAUUAAGAUUUAAUGUAAAAGCAGCUAGAGAGGAAUUAUCUGUUUGGACAGAGGAAGAGUGUAGAAAUUUUGAACAAGGGUUGAAGGCCUAUGGAAAGGACUUUCAUUUGAUUCAGGCUAAUAAAGUUCGAACAAGGUCAGUUGGUGAAUGUGUAGCAUUCUAUUAUAUGUGGAAAAAAUCUGAACGUUACGAUUUCUUUGCUCAGCAAACGCGAUUUGGGAAAAAGAAAUAUAAUCUUCAUCCUGGUGUCACGGAUUACAUGGAUCGUCUUCUAGAUGAAAGUGAAAGUGCUGCUUCUAGUCGAGCACCAUCCCCUCCCCCAACUGCCUCAAACAGUAGUAACAGCCAGUCUGAGAAAGAAGAUGGCACUAUAAGCAAUAGUAAUCAAAAUGGGGUGUCAUCUAACGGACCAGGUGAAACAUUAAACAAAGAAGAAGUGAAAGUUGAAGGGUUACACGUUAAUGGACCAACAGGUGGAAGUAAGAAACCACUUCACACAGAUAUGGAUACUAAUGGUUAUGAAACAGAUAACCUUACCACUGACCCAAAAAUUGCCCAUACGACUGCAAGAAAUGAAAGUGAUUUUGAUGAAAAAAGUGAGAGACCUGCCAAAAGGCGAAGGGUGAACAGCAAUGGAAAAGAAAGUCCGGGUUCUUCUGAAUUUUUCCAAGAUGCAGUCUCACAUGGAAAAUUUGAAGAUCUUGAAAACACAGAUGACUAAAUUUUAGACUUAUUUUACUUUCUUUGGAGUAAAUUCUGGUGUGACUAAAGUUUUCAGGGUUGAUGGGUUACCUUAAAAAGUUGACUUCCUUGAAGCAGUUGGUUAAAAUUUGAAAACUUGAAUUGUCCUAACUUUAGUAAAUAAGAUUUCAUAAUUCUGCCUUUUUCAGACUUUUUACUUUAAAAUUGUGAAGGCCCUUUUAAGGAUAUAUAACAAAUAGUUUAGUAAAUUUGAAAGCUAUAUCUGUACCUUCUCAUUUGAUGUAUUAAUCCUAAAAUUUCACUACAAGAUACUUUUUGCUCAGUUUGAUGGCAGAGAAGAAAAAAACAAGUUCAAAUUUCUGAUUAACACCAAUUUUUCUGAGUUUCUUGAAAUGUCUUUUAUGACACAUUUUUCUUCUCCAUACAAAUUGAGUUAUCAUUAUUAAGGAAACCCUUAUGAACCCUGAAAGUUAUGCUAGCAUGAUUUUUUUAUAUAUAGAAGUUUAAAAAUAAACCAAGUCAGGUUUGUAUAUGUAAAAUUGUUGACAUCAAUGAUGUCUUUCCAUAUUCUUAUCUGGGCUUAAGAAAUACAUUCUGUAUUUUUCCAGAUUCUUUGUAGCCUUUGGAAGAUUUUUACAGUACAUAUGUCUUGACUGAGCUGUCCUUUCUUAAUACAAAAGCUUGUAUAAUUUUCUUAACUUGUACAGUUGGUAAACUUUUAUGAGAGGAAUUGAUAUUCUAAGUCUGUCAGCUUUCAUUUUAUUUUGCUAAGGUUUUUCUAAUGAAUUUUUAAGUGUGUGUGUAGUAACUAAAUCAUGUUUCUUAUAUCCAGGUGGUAAAAGCAUUCAGAAAGGAUUGUGAGCAUUUGUUUUUUUCAAGUUUCUACUUAAGGACAAAUAGUUUGAGAACUCUGAAAUUAAGCAUGAUACUUAGAUCACAUAGUUUGUUUUGCAUUUGCUGUAAUUUUCAAAAUUAUUUUUGAAGCAAGACAAAAGUUUAAUGUUGGCUUAAGUGCUUAAAUGUAUCAUGCUGACCAGAAUCCUGUUCAGUUAUUUUUAUAUGCAUUACAAAAUUUCCCAUUUUUGCAUUAAAUAAACAGGGGAAAAGGUCAAGUGAUACUUAGAUAUUGGCACACACAAGGAGUUGGCAGGCAACAACAUUGAUUUUAUGAGGAAAAAGUGAUAAAGUUAGACGUUUUUAGACUUCCAGUUAACAAUCCAGCUUUUCAGAUUUGAUAGUGUAUUUCCAAAAUGAAAAUAAGAUAUUCAGUAACCAUUGCUCUGUGUGAUUACAAAUAGGAUCAUCCAUUUGCAUAGCCUUGCAAUAGUGCCAUUUUAUUUUUAGUGCAAAAUUCUUGUUUAAAAAAAUGUAGUUUUAUACAGCUGAUAGACCAACCUAUAUCCAAACUUUUAUAAAAGAUUAUUAACUAUUCUUGUUUUAUCACACAGGCAUACCCCAAAUGCUUCUGCUGAUUCAUUUUCAGCCAUCAAAGAGCCAAUGCCUUUUUAAAAUAAAUCUUCUGUGGUCUUGUUUUUAAUGGCUCAACUGUCUAAUGCAAUUGAGUAGAGGUUUGCACUGAGAAAUUAUGGUUUAGGCCUUAUCCCCCAUGAAGUAUUACUAUUAACCUAUGUUCAGACUGCUUCCCUCCACCAAUGUGAACAACUUUUUCUCCCCAAACAGUGUUAAAAGCCACUUUACAACACUUGACUUCAUAUGAUGUAGAUUCACUGUUGUUAUAUACAUAUCCAAGUAAAUCAAAGUUUUGGGUGGAAGUGUUGAGAAGUGUGAACUUCUUGUUUUUAUUUUACCUAGAACAUUAUUUAUCCAGAAUGGCAGCUUUAGCAGGUGGUCACUAUCCAUUUUCUAAAUCAGAUUUUAUUAUACGAAUCCAAAGUAUCCUAGCUCUUUGUCAAAGGUGGUCUAUAGAAAUAGUGAUGAUGAACUUUUUUUAAGUUGUUGCAAUAUUAGAGUUGCCAUUUUCACCUUUUUUUUGAAAGAUGCAUUUUGUUUGCAGGUUUGUGAAGUUCUUGCAGACUAACAUUACAGGAACAUUUUAAAUACUCAGGCAUGUUUGCAAAUACGGCACAUGUUGUACACAUGUUAGGAAAUUCUACUUUUCUUGAUCUUUUUAAAGUAUGCCUAAUGAAAGACAUUCCACUAUUAUAAUACAUAAUGCUCAGCUUUUCAUAGAGAAAUAUUUAAUUGUAUUUUAUGUUUAUACAGGUAUUUCACACAGUACUUUGUUCUUCAUAAUGCAGCCACUAUAACUUGAUAAGUCAUUGCACUACUUUAAAAAUUUUUAGUAAUACCAUGAAUUUAAUUUGCUUAAGAUUUAGUAAGUUUUAUAACUCUUGAACUCUUGACAAAUUUCAUUGGGAAAAGAAGGCUUUGUUAAUAGUUACUUAGUCUCCCUCACCCCAUACCUACCCCCAGCAAAGCACUAUCUAUCUUCAUUUGGAAUGGUUUUCUGUUUUAUGAUGAUGUGCUUUCAAAAGAGUUCAAAAUUUGCAACUCAGUUCAACACAAAUCUGUUGAGCUUUCAAAUGUAUUUGAAGUAAUAUUUAAAUAGACAUUUAAAAUUAUGAAUUAGAUGUUUAAAAAUUUAUGCAUAGUAAUUUUGCACUAUUAGGAAAUUCCCUUUCCCUAUUCCCUGUCUGCCGUUCUGAAUAUGCUUAUUAAAAUAUUUUUUUAAACAUAUUUGCCUACAUAAUGCUUUGUGAAUGAUUUUUAUUAGACUGAGUAGGUUUUAAUUAUAGAUUUUAAGUUUGUAUGAUGCACAGUUUACAGUGCAAAUAUAUACAACUUCUGUUCCUUCUGCUCCUAGACGAAGUGCGUGAAUUAGUGUUUCGGUGGCUCCUGAUCCCUUUUACCUCAUGGGUAAAUGGGUGGAUGAUGUAUUUUUGUCUUUUUUCCUCCAGAGAGAUCCUUUGGUCUGUGGACCUCUAUUCACCUGUUUCUCUUCCUCUGAACUAUUUAAUUAAAAACAUUUUUUUCCUUCUUUUGCAGUGCAGUGUAUAUAUCAGAUUUUGCAAAAAAAACUUUUGUCACAGUAUUUUAUUUACUCUCAAUGGAAAAUUAAGAGUGGGCACUUUGAAAAUUGGGGCUGAUGAAUUUUCAUAGGCAAGAUGUGUGCUGAUGACCCUAGGUGGUGUGUAACCGGCUCUAUAUCACUACUAAAUACCAAAUCAGAAAUAAAGGUUUUCCUAACUAUAAUACAUAUUCAUAAAAAGUGCCAAUGUGGAAAACCAUAUAAAUCUCUCUCCCUAAAAAUGACCUUCUGUAUCACAUAAGUGUACUGAUUAUAAACUUUUUAUCAUAAAAUCGACUCUGCUCUUUAAUAAAGUUUAUCCUUUGCAGAAUCUUAAGGGUCAUACCCCCCCAGUUAUGGACUGAUUUUAUGUAUUUAAAUAUCUGCAUUAAUCUCUGUCUUCUAAUACCAAUUUUCUAUAACCUUAUUUCUUAUUUACCCUUAGUACUGUGCUGGCAUCUUUGACAUCUGUAUGUGUGUGUUUUUCCUUUUCCGAACAUGAUUAUCUUAAUUUGUUUUUAUACUAGCUUCUGUGACUUAUUUAGGAUACAUAAUAUACAGUUGACCCUUGAACUAAACAGGUUUGAACUUAAUGGGUCAAUUUAUAUGCAGAUUUCUUUCAGUAGUAAAUACUACAGCACUACAUGAUCCAUGGUUGGUUGAAUCCAUGGACGUGGGACACUGGAUGAGAGAGGAAUUGUAUACGGAGGGCAGACUGUAAAUUAUACGCGGAUUUUCAACUGCAUGGAGGGUUGGCGCCCCAGCCCCUGCGUUGUCCAAAGGUCAACUGUACUUAAAAUGUCAUUUUGCUUGUUGUA